AUGAGGGAGAAGGAGAAGAGAAUGCGUCUCCUCGAGGAAGAGCUGAGGAGGGAAGAGGAGGAGGAGGAGAGGAAGCUGAAGGAGGAGAGCGAGGAAAGACUGAGGGCUCUGCGACGGCGUCUAUUGGAUAAGAGGAGCAACGAAGAGGCUAGGCUGAAUGAGGAGUCCGAUAGGACAUUGAAGGAACUUAGAGAGUCUGUCCAGGAGGAGAGAGAGAGGCAGCGACACAAACUCAGGGAGGAGAGCGAAGUCACGCUGAAGGAGCUACGCAUCACUCUAGAGAAAGAACGAGCAGCGGAACGGGACAGACUGGAGGCCCAGAAGAAGCAGGACACUGAGCGACUGAAGGCAGAGUCGGAAGAGGAGCUUCGAGCGGAGAAGAGGAGGCUGCAGGGAGAGAGGGAGGAGAAAUUGAGUUCUCUCAAACAGGAGGUCAAAAUCACAGAGAGGAGGAGGGAGCUCCUGAGCCCCCGACCUGAACAGCAGCUGGCAGAGUACCACCGAGAGCUGGCCGAUGUUCUCCAGGAGGUGCGGGAGGAAGUGCAGCGUGAUCACGAGAGGAAGUUGGAGCAGCUGAGGGAGGACCACAGGAGAGAGAUGAACAACAUCAGAGAGAAGUACUUGGAUGAGGAGACUGCCCAGAGGGAGCGCCUGCUAUCCACUCUGCAGGAGGACAGGGAGCGUCUCCAGGCCUCGCACGCCACCCAACUGGAGAAACUCUGCCUGCAGCUCGAGACACAGAUGCAAAAGACACAGCUGACACACUCGCGCAAGGAGUCAGAGCUGCAGGAACUGGCAGAUCAGAUUGAGCUGAGAGCCAAAGAGCUGAAGAGCCAAGAGGCCAUGCUGCAGAACAAGGCGGCAGAUCUUAAGAGGAGGAGGAAGAAGCUCGGGGAGGAAGAGGACGAAGUGGACAGACAGAUAGACACCUUAUCCCGGCUGAGCCAGGAGAGAGACCAGCUGAAGGAGGAGCUGGAGAGGAUGAGAGAGGAGAAACACCAAGCCAGAGAAGUCAUCCAGAGAGUGAGGGAGGAGAGGAAUCAGGUUAAAGAGGAGGAGGAGAGGCUGAGGGAGGAGAGAGACAAAGCCAGGGACGAGUGCAGGAGGUCCACAGUGGACAAGGAACGACUGGAGGGCAAGGUGGCACUACUGCAGGAGAGAUGUGACCGCCUAAGUAGCAGAGUCAGUGAGAUGAAACAAGACGAAGGAGCGAGCGCCUCACUCAGACCUGAACCUAAGCAGGACAAAAAGAAGGCAGAGAAAGCAGAGGUGACAGCGCCCUCCAGUGACAGGAGAGACUCAUCGCUACAUGUAGAAGACCUGGACGACUCGCCACUCUCACCUGUACCCGACAGCCAAAGCAGCAUGGAUGAGUUCAGACGCUACAUCUCCUCACAUGGUGCAUCCAUCCAAAAAACCAAACUCUUUCUGGAACGGGAGACCAGCCGGCUGCUGGAGAGACAGGCGGCUCUGCGGGCCGCCCAGUCCACCUCCUCUCAGGACCCCGACCAGGAAGGAGGGGUGACUGAGGAGAUGAUAAGAAAUCUACAGCAGGAGGCCAGAAAUGUGGUGGAGCUACAGCGGACAGUUCAGAGAGGAAACAGCCUCCUUCGGAGGAAAGAGGAGCAACUCCAGCAGCUGGAGAGCUCUAUAGCUGAAGAGCCGCUGUUUGAGGAUCUGUCUCGACUGGCAGGAGAAAGGAAGGUGACCUUUGAUGUGACCGAAUCUGACCUCAGCAGCACCGUGGACCCGCCGGAUGGGACAGGAGGUCAUCCCACUGUCCCAGACAAAGUCCAGGAGCUAGCAGAGUCCCUACAACAGAUCUCAGGCCAGCUCAACACCGUCCUGAGUGCGUUGGGUUCACUAGCCCAGAGGCAGAGCGCCUCACCCUAUACAACCUUACCUCUGCCUCUGUCUCAACCUCACUCCACCUCAGCUUCCACCUCCACCUCUGCCCCAGGCAUGCCCCAAAUGCACACCCUGGGCUCCAGCUCCUUAGCCCCACCUCCUCCAGUGAGGCUCUCAGAGCCAUCCUGGAACUGGGUGCCCCAGGGCUCCUCCACAGGCACCCCUCUAUUCAGUACCCCCAUCAGCAGUGGUCUGAGGGCCUCUGAGGACCUCAUCAACAGCCGAUGGAGCCAGAUAUUUCCCAGAGCAGCUAUGGAUCCAAUCACCUCCAGCACCAUGAGGCCAACCUCAGCUUACUCAUCAUACACGCCUGCUAGUGAACAUGCUCGUAGCCUACGCUCCAUGCAGAAGUCGGUGGAGGUCGAUGGCCAGAGGCUGCAGGGGCUGAUUGACGGCAACAAGAGAUGGCUGGAGAUGCGCAAGAAAGACAGCAGCGUACCUUUGUUCACACGCUAUCAGGCUCCAUCAACCAAGAGCGGCCUGGUCCAAUUGGGCUUGGACGAUAACAACCAGAUUAGAGUCUAUCAUUACUGAGGACACGUUGCCUAGUUCAGUCCCGUUGCACUGUGAGCGUCACUGGGGACUUUGGAUUUUCAUUGAUGACUGUGACUGGAGGUUACAGGAGUCCUGUGCCCUCCUUUGAUUUAUUCCCUUUUUUCAAACUGUCAGUGCAAUUCUUAUCAGACAAAGUCCGAAUUCCUCUGCUGCGAUUGGCAAUUCAGGGAGAGACACAUCACAGAGGGCUGAGGACUUUUACCCUCCAAUAUGAGAUACGGCUGUGAGCAACAACAUUUAAAAAAAAAAAAAAAAAA